AUGUCAAAUUCAACUUAUGAUAAACUUUGGAGUGAUGCUGAGUGUGCUUUAGAAGAGGUCAUUCAAAUUGAUUCUAAUCUCCAAAAUUCAAAGCCUGAAAAAGAUAGAAAAAAACUUCACAAAAAUGUUUCAGAGCUUUAUGUAAGAUAUAUAAUAAUUUGUAAUAAACUAGAACAAUGUUAUGAUCAGAUGAUUCAACCACAAAAACGUUUGAUACUUCGCAAACUAUUAGAUUCAACACUUGGAAGAAUAUUAGAGCUAAAACAUGAGCUAGUUGAAGUUGAUCUAUCAGAGCAUCAUUAUUAUGAUGAUAUUUUAUUAAAGUUUGGAAUUUUACCUCAAGAAGUGGAAUUAAAAAUUCCAAGUUAUUUUAGACGUGAACGAGAGAAUGAAAUAGCAAAUCGUCGAGAAUUUAUCAGCAAUGUUCUUAGAAAUGCUGGAGUACUUGAUGAAGUCAUUCAACCUAGGAAAAUGACUGAGCUCGAAGCGAUAAGACUAAUUCAAAUACAUGAAAGAGCUCGUCAGGGUCGAAUGAGAUUUCAAUUUAUGAAAGAGAUUCGAGAAAUGAAGGAAAGAUCAAUGAUGAAACCAGAACAAGAACAAACAGAUAUGGUGAAGGAAAUAACAGCUACCAUGAAAAUACAGAAGGUUUGGCGAGGAUACAUAACUCGUCAACGAAUGAAAAAGCGAAGAAUUGAGGAAAUGUUGUUGAUUGGAAUGGUUCAACCGAGUCAAGUAAUUACAGACAAUUAUCGAAAUGCUGAGAAGAUUAAGCAGUAUCGACACGGUAAACAAAUCGAAUUUCAGCAACUUUAUGAAAAGAUGAUGGAUGAAAUUAAAGAGUAUGUAAGGCUUGAAAAGAGUGAAAUUAUAGAAGAAAAUAUGAGAAGUGAAAUAAGGAAUUGGAUAAAUGAUUAUUUUCAACAAACUGGAAAAAUUCCAGAGUUACCUUCAGCUGAAAGUGGUGGCUCAAGAAUGAUCUUGAGUAGACAAGGCACUGAGAGUUCUUUGAGCAAAUCUAAAGAAUCAUCGUCUUCCAAAGAGUCCAAAAGAUCUAAAAAAUCUAAAUCUAAGAAAGAAAGUGAUACAGAAAAAUCAGAAGAUGAAUCAGAUCCUGGAAUCAAAAUUACACCAUCAAAUUUUCUUUCAGAAUUGACUCAAGCUCAUACCCAGUAUCAGGAUGUAUGGAGAGACAAAGAUGAAUCAGAAAAUCCUUGGCAAUUGCCUUACAAAGAUAUGAUAUUAGCAGAAAAGACUAAAGAAAUUGAGGAUGAGAUAAGAAUUUCAGUUGAUCAAACAUUGAGAGAUGACAUUGAGGCUCUUCAAGCUGCUUUAGACAGAGAUAGAGGUCAUAAAGGGAAACGAGCUAAGAAACCGCAAAAACGAGUACGACGAAGUGGAAAAAAAAGCAAAAGAAAAAAGGAAAAGGAUUUAACUCCUGAUAGAACCACUGAAUCUCUUUUUGAAGAACUUCUAACUGAAGGAAUCAUCAAGCUCGUGCCGAAAGUUUAUUUAAGUAGCUUUAAAGGAGAAAAAUCUUAUGCUAAUUUUGAUCUUUGGGAUAAAGGACAAGAUAUGCUGCCUACAAUAGGUGACAUUAGGCAGUUAGUGGCUGAGUAUUGUAUUCUUCCUUUGGGGAAUGAAAACAUACGUUUAUUAUCACCUUUGGUACGAUCUGUUUUAAUUGCCGGACCUCAUGGUAGUGGAAAAAAAAUGUUAGUUCAAGCUAUAUGUACUGAACUAGGAGCUACGUUGUUUGAUAUUACUCCUGCUAAUAUUGCAGGAAAGUAUCCUGGUAAAUCAGGACUUAUUAUGCUGUUACAUUUAAUAUCAAAGGUAUCACGUCUUCUACAACCUUCAAUUAUUUUUAUAGAUGGAGCAGAAAAGCCUUUUGUGAAAAAAGUUCCCAAAACUGAUAAAACUGACCCUAAAAGAUUAAAAAAAGAUUUGCCAAAACUUGUGAAGAGCUUUACGAACGAAGAUCAAGUAAUUUUAGUGGGAAUAUCAAGUGCUCCUUGGGAUGGAGAUCAAAAAUUAUUAUACCAAACUUAUGAUAAAGUAAUUUAUGUCCCCAGACCAGACUAUGGAACGAUGUCUAUGUUGUGGAAAGAUUUACUUUACAAAUAUUCUGGUAUCAGUCGUCAAUUUGACACUUCUGCGAUGAGUAAAAUUUGUGAUGGAUUUACCAUAGGAACUGUUAUUGGAGCAAUUAACGAAGUCAUGACCACAAAAAGAAUGGUACAGUUAAGAGUUCAACCUCUGACACAUGUUGAAUUGAUAAAUGCUCUAAGUGCUCGUGAUCCAGUUUAUAAAGAAGAGGAGGAGGCAUUUACAGCAUGGUUUCUAAAAACACCAACAUGUAAAAAAAAACAACGUGCUGUGGAGUUGGAGUUACAAAAACUAGAAGAAGCUAAUGAGAAGCAAAAGAAAACGAAGGGGAAAAAAUCCUAAUUUUCUUUAAUUAUUGAAAUCAAAGAAUAAUCUAGAUAAAAUAGAACACGCUAUGAAGUAACAGAGGAAGAAAAAAAUUUUAAAAUAGAUUGAUAAGUAAGAAUUAAAUACUUGAGCAUCUCUACUAAUUUAUCGCCAAGCUUGCCUUCACCUACACAUCAUUGAAAACUCUAAAUGAUAUGAGAUUAGACUUGUAUUGCUUAUGCGACACUAUGAAUAAAAGACCCUUUAAGAGAUGAAGAAAAGCCAGUGAUAUAAAUGCUCAGCUUUUUAUCACUAGCUAUAAAAUUAAAUAAUAAAAAUAAUUUCAAACUUUUUACCUAACCUCUAUUGUCAUGUCACAGUUAAAUAUUCAACAUACAAAUCGAUUGAUGACCUAUAAAAUGAAUGUCAAAUCGAACAAAGGGCUAUAACAUGUAAAUUAACACUUUAAAAAUAUAUUCAAGUAUAUACA